CUUAACAAAAUUUCAAUUCCGUGUCUGUGGAAGAGUGGAAAUUUGAACUCAACCCGUUGCCACAAACACAACUUCAAUUUGAAAACCCUAUUCCUCCCAAUUCGAUUGUCCUCUCCAAUACGUCAAUGUCACCAGCGGCGAUGCACUUCCCUUCUGCGAUCAACUCCUCCUCCGAUACAACUCCACAUUCUUCUCUCCACUUCGCUUCUUUCAACGCCGACGCUGCAAACCCUUCUUCCUCCACCGCACGUGGAAGGUCGAGGCCGAGGCUAGCAAAGCUGAGGAAGCAAUCGGCGUCUCAGAACGCAAGGUCUAGGACCAGAACCACCGCUGUAGUCGAAGAUGAAGGCUCUGGUUUCAAUCCUUUUCGGUCCGAUCAGGUAUGUCAUAGUGUUGCCGGAGUAGUGAGUGGUGCCGGUCACAGUUUCGAGAGCGAGGGUUUUGUGUUUGGUGCUAGAAAGGUUGAUUCUGAUUCUGUUAGUGAUUUGAAUUCGGAACAAGAAAAAACAGAGUUUAGGAAAAGUGGCGGUGUGGAAUUUGUGUUUAGUGCUAAACAAUAUGAUGUUAAAUCGAAUUCUAUUCUCGAGAGAGAGGAAAAGAGUAGUGAUAAUGAGGAAAAAACGGUUUCUGGUGAUGAAAAGAAGACAUUAAAUUCGGAAGGGGUGAAGGGGGAGGUUAAUUUUACAGGGUUUGUUUUUAAUGCUGGUAGAAACGAUUUGCUUUCUAGUUUAAAUACAGAAAAAGGAAAAUCUAGUGUACCUGUGGGCAAUUUGGGGUUUGAUGAUGGUAGAGAGAGGGAAUGUAAGAAUGAAUUUGUGUUUGGAAAACAUGAUUCAUUUGGCGACAAGCAUAGAGGUAUUAAAAUGUCAAGUUUUAAUGUAGAAAAGCAAGAUUCUGUUGACAGCAUGAGAAGUUCGGGUAAUGGAAGCUGUGUUUUUCAUAUUAAGACGGAAACAAAUAGUAAUUUUGAUAAAGGUGCUGAUAAGUGUGGUAAUCAGGAUAAUGAUAUUAAGUCGAAGAAUGGAAAUGUAAGUACUACUUGCAGUGAUAUUCCUGGAAGUAGAUUACUAGACGAGUUAAAGAAACUGAACAUCAACCAUCCCGAGGGUGUCCAUGUUGCUAGAGAUUCGACGAAUUCACAUGUAAAUAGUAGCAACGGUUUUGUGUUUGGAAGAAGUGACAAGGUUUCUAACUCUUUUAGUGUUAGUUCAGAAACUAAUACUGGCGACCAACCGUUGUUUACUAAUGCUGAUUUUGAGAAUAUUGGCAUGCAAUUUUCCAAAGAUUCCAGAAAUAAUGAUGUUCAAAAUGGACCUGCUUGUGGUAUCGCCCAGUGUUCUACAGGAAUACCUUGUUCUAAGACAUCCACCGGUCAGGAUGACAUCAGUGCAGAUAAUGGUAAGUGUGGUAAUUGUUUUGCAAGUGCUCCACCGGUAUCUGAACAGUCUUUUACAGACUUUAAACCCCCAACAUGGGAUCCUUCUUGUUUUAAAGACAGCUUAUUUAGUAAGUUAGAUAAAAAUUUUGAAUCCACAAAAAAGAGCAAAUCUACCAAAGAAAAAGGAUCAAAAUCUAUGAGGCGAAAAUCAAAGUCACAUUCCUUGAAUAAGAAACAGACAAGGCUAGAUCAUUUGCCAAAGGAAAAUGGUUCUCUUGAAACCCCUGAAUCUUCUGGCGGCCUCUCUCCGAUGGAUUUUUCUCCCUAUCACGAAACAGCACCAGAUGGUCAAGAUGUAAAGGCUUUAGAAGAAUCAAAUGGUCUUCACUCAACAAUUCCUCUUGAUAAUGACAAGUCCUGUUAUGGAAGUUCUUCUGUAGGUGAUGUUCAUUCUUCUGGCCCCAAAAUAGUCUGGCCUAAGAUGCAAACUGAAGUGUUUAGUAGUAUUAGUAAUAUCGGUGUUUCAGCAAAUGCUGGAGUUGACCUCACCUCAAACUCUGAAAAUAAAAAAGCGGAUAAAUCUUGUUUUGCUAAUAGUCUGGGUGAUUCAAAGGAGAAAGAUUUUGCAUUUUCUGCGGGGUCCACUGUAGAGGGUGCCUCAUCAUUAUUUAAACAUAAACAAAAGAAGAAAUUUAGGAGGAAAAUGAGGUGUGACUCAUUUGCUAUCUCUCCAAAUGUGAAUGGAAAGCCUGUAUCUUCUGUACAAGUUUCUCCACUUACUACUGCUAACAUGUCAUCACAUUCUGAUGUGAUGAACAGGUCUCAGAUGAAUGGUCAGUUCGAGGAAGGGGGUGAUACGUCAUUGGCUAAAAUCCAAGCAGCCUGUUACCAAUGGAGACAAAGGGGAAACCAAGCUCAUAAAGCUAAGGAUCUUUCUAAAGCUGAGGAAUUCUACACACACGGAAUAAAUUCUGUUCCUCCCAGUGAAAGAUCAGGAUGCUGCAUUAAGCCUCUUUUACUGUGCUAUAGCAACCGUGCAGCGACACGUAUGAGUUUUGGAAGGAUUAGAGAAGCUCUAGAGGAUUGCAUGAUGGCUUCUUCUUUGGAUCCCACCUUUAUGAAAGUGCAGAUGAGAACUGCUAACUGUCACCUUUUGCUAGGGGAAGUAGAAAAUGCUCAGCAAUUUUAUAACAAGUGCUUGGAAUCAGGUAAAGUUGUUUGUUUGGAUCGGAGAGUAAUAGUAGAAGCAGCUGAAGGCUUACAGAAAGCUCAGGAAGUGGUUAAGUGUAUGAAUGAUGCUACUGAACUUUUGAAGGAGAGGACUUCUGAUGCCGCUGGUUCUGCUUUAGAACUACUUACAAAAGCACUGUCAAAGAGUUUGUAUUCAGAAAGAUUGCUCCAAAUGAAGGCCGAGGCUCUGUAUCUGCUGCAAAAGUAUGAUGCAGCAAUUCAGCUUUGUGAACAGAGUCUGAAUCUUGCAGAAAAGAAUUUUGCCUCAGCAAACAGUGCAAACAAUUCCAAUAGUUCAAUGCAUGAUGGUUACUCAAGUGUAAAAUUGUGGAGAUGGUCAUUGAUAUCUAGGUGUUACUUCCGUUUGGGGAGGCUUGAUGCUUCACUCAAUGUUAUUGAAAAGUUACAGCAAACAGCAUCUGCCAACGACAAGUGUGUGAUUGCCAACAUUGAAGACUUGCUGUCAUUAGCUGCUACGAUACAUGAACUUCUAGAUCACAGGAAAGCAGGAAAUGAGAACUUUAAAUCGGGAAAGUAUACAGCAGCAGUGGAGAACUACACUGCUGCUUUAUCCAGUAAUAUCAAAUCACGCCCUUUUGCUGCAAUAUGUUUUGGCAACCGUGCGGCUGCUCAUCAAGCUUCUGGCCAAAUUGCUGAUGCUAUUGCAGACUGCAGCAUGGCUUUAGCCCUUGAUGGAAAUUAUGCAAAGGCAAUUUCUAGAAGAGCCACCUUGCAUGAGAUGGUUAGAGAUUAUGAACAAGCAGCCCAUGAUCUCAGGAGACUUAUUUCUGUUCUUGAAUCCCAAUCCAAUGAAAAGGCCAAACAUUCUGAGUCACCAAAUGGAUCAAGUGGUGCGAAAGAAUCAAAGCAAGCUCAGCAACGUCUGCUUUCCAUGGAAGAUCAAGCCAAAAUGGGGACCCCCUUGGACUUUUACCUCAUUCUAGGAGUUAAACCAGUUGAUACUGCAGCUGAUAUCAAGAAGGCAUACCACAAGGCAGCUCUUAGACACCAUCCAGAUAAGGCUGGUCUGUUGUUGGCAAGAAGCGAAGUUGGGGAUGAAGGCCGUGUCUGGAAGGAAAUUUCCCAGGAGGUGCACAAGGAUGCUGACAGGCUUUUCAAAAUGAUUGGAGAGGCAUAUGCUGUACUUUCAGACCCUUCCAAGCGCUCGGAGUAUGAUAUGGAAGAGGACAUAAGGAAAGCUUAUAAACAAAGUAACGGAGGAGGCACGUGCAGGAGAUCUUCAGACAAUUAUGGGAAUGGAAGAUCAUCCGAUGCAUAUAGAUCUUCCUAUGACAGAACUUCUAACAGACGAUAUGGACGGGAUCAUUGGAGGACAUAUGGAGAUUCAUAUUCUCGAUGGUAAAAGAUUACCUAGACAAAGGGUAUCAUGCUCCUUUGCCUGGUCUGAAUGAAAAUGACAUUCAUUCCCAUUCUUGAUGGGCCCAAGUUUCAUGAUGGUGUGAAAAAAGAGGCUUAAAACUACUUUUGCAGGUAUAAAUGACUUCUAUACUUGGUCAUGUUGAAAGUGACUUUGGUCAUGACUGAACUUUCCUUUUUCUUUUAGUCUGACUCAGCUCUCAGGCCAUUGCUGCUUUACUCUUUUGGUCUGACUCAGGCCAUUCCAAAAAUAAGUUUGCACGUAGAUAUUGCAAGAAUGACCUAUAAGUUGUGUAGAUCUUCCAGUAACCAAGAAAAGCAAAGGACUGAUAAGAUGGGAAAGGAGGCAGGAACUUGCCCCACCAUCAAUCAGAAACGGGCUUCACUAACUUAACUUAUAGCAAGGGAUUGAUACUUCAUACCUUCCUGUUGUUGGAAGAACUUUUCUGAAAGGGAAGGAUUUUAUCUAUGCAUAAAUCAGUUGUGUUCACAUAAUUUCUCGAAUGUAUUAGAUUUUGUAAAAGUUACCUAUCGGUGUGGAUGUAUCUGGAUUGAGAAUCUUAAGGAAGCAAUGAAAUCAAUUUAAUCUUGAUGUUUAUUUACA